GGCUAAGCACGUGUUAUAGUCCGUAUUCCGGUGUUGAAAAUACUUUUAGGCGUUUAUUAUGCUGCUUAGGUUAAUGUAUGUUCCUCAGGCAAAGAUUUGGUGUUGGUUAAUAGCAUGAAGGGUCCAGAUCAUGCCUUGUGGAGUUGCAUCUCAGUUCCUGAUACUGUACGGCUCGCAGCGAGGUCAGGCGCAGUCUAUUGCAGAGGAGAUCUGUGAGCAGGCUGCUGAGCAUGGGUUUAUAGCUGACAUCAGCUGUGUGAGUAAAGGAGAGAAGUAUAACUUGGAAAGAGAACGUGGCCCUGUUGUAUUUGUUGUUUCCACGACGGGAGACGGUGAACCUCCAGACACGGCGCUGAAAUUUGUAAAGAAAAUCAAGAAUAAAUCCUUGCCUUGUGAUCACUACUCUCACCUGCACUAUGCACUAUUAGCUUUGGGAGACACAAAUUAUGCAAAUUUCUGCAACUGUGGAAAGACAAUAGACAGUCGUCUGCAGGAACUUGGUGCAAAGCAUUUCUAUGCAACAGGUCAUGCUGAUGAUGGCACAGGGUUGGAGAUAGUUGUCGAUCCGUGGAUUGAGGGACUUUGGGAGGCUCUGAAAAAAACAUUUGCCAAAAUGUCUGCCUCAAAUCAGGAGGGCACUAAUCAAGGUGAAGUUACUAAGAAAAGUAUUCAACAAGAAGCACAAAUCCAGGAAAAACUGGACUCCUCUGCCAUCAGCCUUAGUCUUUUGAAGCUCACUGAUGUGGAGACUGAAAAGGGAAAAGCAGAAACAUCUGUUUUGGAGAGCAAAAGCACAGACAUUCUUGGAGCCCCUUUGGAGGCGUCUUUGAUUCGAUCUGUACCGCCUCUGUCUGGGUCUUCUCUCAAUGUCCCAGCACUGCCCCCAUCAUACCUGGACGUCUGUUUGGAAGACUCUCCUGCUGAAGAGGAGAGCGCCCAUCAUGUGGUGAAGGAAGGCUUUUAUGAAGUGGCAGUUUCAGGAGCGGCUCAUUUAACUCGAGAUGAUGCGGUGAAAAGUGCCAUCUUACUGGAGCUUGAUAUCUCAGAUCAGGACAUGCCUUACCAGCCGGGCGAUGCCUUUGAUGUGCUCUGCCUGAACAGAGCGAGCGAGGUGGAGGAGCUGCUUCGGAGGCUGGGGUUAAAAGACCAAAGGAGCCAGAGUGUUCAUCUCCAACUGCGCAAAGACACCAAGAAGAAAGGUGCUCAGGUUCCAUCCUACAUCCCACAGAAAUGUUCUCUAGAGUAUCUUCUGACCUGGUGCUUGGAGAUAAGAAGCACACCAAAAAAGGCAUUUGUGCGGGCGCUGGUGGACUGGACACAGGACAGCAGAGAGAAAAGACGCCUGCAGGAACUCUGCAGCCGAGAAGGUUCAGCAGAUUACAACAGAUUUGUGCGAGACACUAAUCUUUGCCUGCUGGACCUACUCCAAGCCUUCAAAUCCUGCUCACCUCCACUCAGCCUUGUCAUUGAACAUUUACCAAAGCUUCAGCCCAGAGCCUACUCGGCUGCAAGCUCCAGUCUACGCCACCCUGGAAAAGUUCAUUUUGUGUUCAGCGUGGUGGACUUUCCAGCAUGUGUGGAGCAUCCAGAAAGGACAGGGCUGUGUACAGGAUGGCUAAUGCACCAUGUUUCGGCCAUCCUGCAGCCCUAUGGGAAAACAGCCUCCGCAGAAAAGACUGCAGAUUGUCCAGCUUUACCCAAGAUCAACGUGAGACCACGGGUCAGCAACACCUUCCACUUGCCUUCUGACCCCUCUGCUCCCAUAGUGAUGGUUGGUCCAGGCACAGGUGUGGCUCCUUUCAUUGGCUUUCUCCAGCAAAGAUAUCAGGAACGAGUGGAAAAGCAGGAUGACGUUUUCGGAGAAACGUGGCUCUUCUUUGGCUGCAGACAUAAAGACAGAGACUUCAUCUUCAGGGAGGAGUUGGAGAGAUUUGUGGAGAACGGGACACUGAAUCAUCUGAAAGUGUCUUUCUCUCGUGAAGAGCUGGAUGGAAAUGAACCCAGAUACGUCCAGCAUCUGCUGCUCCUUCACGCCAAAAACAUGGUCCAUGUACUCUUCAAAGAAAAUGGCUACUUCUAUGUCUGUGGGGAUGCUAAGAACAUGGCUAAAGAUGUGAAUGAUGCUCUGAUAGAGAUGAUCACGAAGGAACUUCAGCUGGAUAAGCUGGAGUCUAUGAAGAUGGUGGCAAAGUUGCGAGAGGAGAAACGAUAUCUGCAGGACAUCUGGAGCUGAUAAGAAAAGAAAUGUGGUAAAAUCAUGUUGUAGAUAGUCAGUCAUAUCGAACCCUUGCAUCUCCGCUUUUUCAGUUUUAUUGUUUUAUUCUUUAACAUCAUUUGAAAAUGCCACCUUUACAUUGUGUGAACAUUUUAUGGCAAAUGACCUUUAGAAAUGAUCAAAAAAUUACAAUUUUUUUUUUUCUUCUGUUUUUGAGAUGCAGGGUUUUGUUAUAACAGCAAUUAUCAGUUUUUUGUAGAGAUAGACCUUUGAGCAAAUGAUUUUAACUUGCACUAACUGUUUGGUGCCUUUUAUGCAUUGAAUUUUCAACGGUGUUUCUCAUGAAUUGUAAAAUUUGCAUGUCUGAUGCAAGCAAAGGAUCUCUAUUUGUCUCACAUUAGUCUACCAGACAUAAAAAAAACAAAGCGAACUGUAAUAAACUGUAAGAUUCAGUGUCUCGAACUGCCAAUUCUUGAAAAAUCUGCAGUGUUUUACAUCCAGUGUUUUAAUAGAUGGAAGAAGAAGCAAAGAUGACAACUGUUUCCAAUUCAGCUCAGGUUUCUAACACCAUACAGAAUAGAAGCAUCUUUCAAUGUGGCAAAAAGAAUCUAUAUUUUAAACCAAUAGAGUUCAUUUUACCUCACUUCUGAUGACAAAUACUGUACACGAGCAUACUAUCAUUGUUUAUUUUACACUGGAGAAAAUAAAACAUUAAGUAAAAAAGCCUGA